CAUUUAUUGGAGAAACCGUAUUUCUCCUCGUAUAUGGUGUUUCUAUUGGUCAAGCUGUGGCCACACUGGUUCCCAUCUCUAUCAACAUUCGGCUUAGCUUUGGUUUUUCACAAAUUGUUUUUUUUUAUGAUGGCAUAAACACUGCUCCUGUACAUGAGGUAUAUGAAACCACUGAGGUGGUGCACCGUUGCAACAGACCGCCGCCCCCGGCCCCCCUCAACAGAUAGAAUCAGUCAACGGGGGAAAGCGCAGCGAGGAGAAUUAGAAGGAAAAGCAAGAGGAAAACCAACGCGGCGCCGCCAUUGAGAAAGAAAAAGCGUGUGUCCGCUCCCCACAACAAAAACUACAAACAAACUGUUCGAUUGGAAGGAAACAAAGGCGAAGCUAAGCUGGAAAAUGUCGCAACCAGUUGAAGUAGCGUCUGAUGUAGAGCCCAAGGCCGAACCAUCCGUAGAUCAUGUGAGGCAGCCCCAGGACGACGACAACAACAGUCUGGAGCCCGGCGAAGUAGUGACCCCACCCCACCAGUCGCAGCAGCAACACCACCACCAUCCAGCAAAGCAGCUCGUGGCCAAGGAACUUGCCAGCAAAAACCUGCGUAAGUUGACCCAAUUAGAUCCGGACACCAAUUGGCUCGAGAACGGUUCGCUGGAGACGUCGAAAAGUCAAAUAAAUGACGCGGAUGACAGCGAGGGACUCUAUUCCGAUACGGAUUCGUCGGGGGAAGAGCAGAAGACCGAAGUGGAGGAUGUGCAGCAGGCAAGGAAGGAAAAACAGGCUGAAGCCGCUGCUGCUGCCCUGCCACAGCCACCGCCCACUCCGUUUCUGGGCAUCAGCCCGCUUAGAUUUCACAUGCGGCCACCGUGUUUCGACUUUCCGCGCAUGGGUUUUAUGCCCCGAAUGGGAAGAGGUGGCCCAAGAGGGAUGCGACCCCAUUUCUUUGGACGCCCGCUCACGCCAAACCGAAUGGUUUCACCUUUGGAUCCUCAAGGACCCCCCGGUCCCAAACGGCCGCAAUCAAGUGUAGUCUGGACAACGUUGCAGCCCUCCAUUCCCUACAUAUUUAACCUGAUUUCCGAGUGCGAUAACUUCAAGCACAAGGACUGCAAACAUACUGCCCCAACCAAGGCCAAAGAACCCGCCAACGAUGUCAAGGAUAAAGCUGCCGAGCAUUCGCUAGACAAGGACGAGAACCGCAGCCGGGGGAAAUCCAUGGAGCGAUCGAAAGGAGGAGCAGAAAAGAAGAAAACGAAAGAAAAGUCCAAGGAAAAGGAUCACAAAGGUAAAGCACGGGGCAGGUCCAAUGACAAGGCCGAAGCGAGGGGGAAAACGAGAGAGCGUUCACCAGCGAAAAAAAUUACGAAAAAUAAAAGAAAGGAAAGCUUUAAGGAGAAGGAUCAAAUUCAUGGUACAUUUUCGGAAAAGUCGGAGAAAAAUCAGGAACGAGGAAAAACAAAGGAAAGAUCGAAGGAGGAGGAUCACAACCCGAAUAAGAUUCGCCAUAAAUCAAGGGGAAGAAGUCGCAAUAGAGCAAAGACAAGGGAGAGAUCUAAGGGUAAGGAUCUAUCCCGAGAAAACCCUGCAGAACGAUCGCCAGAAAGAAAUAUAAGCAGAGGGAAAACGAGGGACCGGUCCAAUGAAAACAAUCAAAGUCGUGGCAAGACGAGAGAUCGCUCGAGGGAGAAACAUCAGCUCCUUGGCAAGACUUCCAUUCCAGCUGGUGCAAAUGAUAGAGGAAAAACAAGGGAACGGUCCAAAGAGAAAGAUAACACUCGAGGAAAAACCAGAGAACGGUCGCCGGAAAUUAAUCUAACCAGAGGGAAGACGAUGGAGAGGUCAAGUGAAAAGGAUCAUACUAGAGGGAAGACAAGAGAGCGUUCAAAAGAGCCAGAAUUGGAGAAAAGAGGGAAAAUGUUUCAAAACUUCCAUGACAGGGAAAAAACAAGGGAGCCUGGGGAGCCAGAUCGAAUUCGGGGAAAGACGAGGGACAGAUCCAGAUCCAAGCCAAGGGAAAAGUCUGGCGAUCGACCCAAAGAAAAUGUUGGGGAUCUGUCGAAUGAGAAGCCACGAGAUAAGUCCAACGAAACACGAAGAGAUAAAUCGAACGAUAAGUUAAACGAAAAACCUAAAGAACGCCCCAAACAGGAGAUAGAAGAAAAAUUAAAUGAAAGUGCGGUGCAGGGAUCUAAAGAUCACAACACAUCCAAAGAUUCUGAGGAGAAACAAAAGGAUAAAUCCAGGGAUAGUUCCAAGGACAGUCAGAGGGAACGAAACAAAACUCGUGAGCGAUCCUUAGAGAAAACGAAGCGGUAUUCCGGCGAGAAGGGCGGCGAGAGAUAUUUAGAGCAGCCCAGAGGGCGAUCACGAGCAAAAUCCACAACAAAAAACCCCAAAUCACGGGAUCAUUCAAGAGAAGAUCACUUUAAAGCUAGAGGAUCGGAUCGGGAUCGAUUUUUGUCAAGGGAAAACCAUUCGGGCACUCCCCGCGCUAACAGGUUCCGAAGAGAUGUCACUCCGCAUAAUUCCUUCCACGACAACUCCCGAAAAAGGGACACAAAAGCGAAGGCCGAUCACAGAAAUCGCAGCAGGAGUCGAACCCGCUGGGGAAGCAGGGAAGGAACGCCACCGAUGACACCUCCACCGGAGCAACUGCCUCAGACACACGAUAAUGAAUCCGCAAAGCCAAAGGUGUUCGAUAUAUUUGCCGAUUCCCCGCCAAGAUCCAACACUGCCGUGGUAGCUUCCGCUGCCAGUAUCGAGAGAAGCACCACACCGCCUUUGAAGGCGUCCCAAGAUAUCCCCAGGCCGCUGCUCAAGGCCAGCGAGAUUCACAGUCGGAUUGGUGCCUUGCUGGAGGAUAAUGAUUUGCACCUGGACGCCUUGCUGGCUACUAAGGAGCAGCUGCUCCGACGAACUAACGAGUACAAAGAGAAGAAGGAGAUUAGAUUGGAGUCGCAGUCGAAUAUCAAUGAUAGAAGAUAUCGAUCGGGAGAUCAGCAUCACAGUCGAGAAGCGCGGCACACGAAUGCUUUUAAGCGUCAAUCAGUAUUAAGCGAGCGGCGUCGUCAUAGGAACGGCAGCCAGUCCAGCGAGGAGGAAAAUUGGGAUGACGACCUAGUGCCCGCUCCUAGCCAGUUUAAGGAUAUCACCAUUAAGAUCGAAAAGGAUCUGACACCACCACCUCAGGUAGCCACCAGUUUCUCCGACUCACGGUCUAUCAAAGUAGAGCGAAGUGACACGCCACCAAGGGAUCUGCAGGAUCGGGAGAUCCUACUGCGGAAUGGGGCUGUGGCAGCCAACGCUCCUCCCCCCUCAAAGGAACAAGAGAGUCCGGACACGGAUGACUACAUAGACAACUGGGAAAACGAUGAUUCCAUGGCCAGUUUUCCCAAAAACGCUCCUCUUGCCACUCCCACAUCCGCUCCCAAUCCGUUUUCCUCGCUGAACAGCACUCCCCUGCCGCAGGCGAUUGACCAGCUCAUUGGUGACGACGAUUCUAAUGCACUGUGGAACGCUAAUAGCACGCCUCCUCCUCGGUCGAAAAAGUCACCCCCGCCCAACAGUAAUAUUAACGAACUGUACGACAAGUUCAUGAACAGCAUUGAGAUGGCGAACGUGGAGGAGGGAGAGAGCUCCAAGAUUACUUCCCUCAGUGAUGCCAGUUCCUCCGGCUCGGAGAGCUCCACGACGAGCAGCAGCAGUAGUGAUUCCGAGGAAGAAACCAGUUCAGCUGAGGAGGAGAAUCCACAUUCCUCCGACGAGGAGACCGGCUCCAAUGCAGCUACUUCCAAAACCAACUUGGAUGAGCCGCCCGGCAAAGAUCAGCAGCAAAAGAAGAAUAGUGUGAGCAAGGAUCUGCGAAAACUGAAGAGUCUGGAAGACAACCUGGCCAGGAUUCAGAUGAUGCGUGAGAACUACGAUGCAGGAGAUGAAAUAUCCGAGGAGCUUCUCAAAAUGGAAUCUCUGUUUCUGAUGCAGCGCAACGCCAUCAUGGAUAAGUAUCGGAAACACGAACUGAAAAGCAGUGGAGAAGAAAACCAAGCCGUGCCUACGGAGCAUCCAGAAAAGCUGGGGAGUCCGGCCAAUCCACCAAUGGAGGUUCAGAGCUCACCAACACCUGUGAACAGCAUCUUCGACGCUAAUAGGGAAGCCAUAAAGCUAACCAUUUCCCCGCUGAAGCUAACCCGAAAAUCUGCGAUUCUUGACAAGGACGAUGCGGAGCAACCGCCUCCAUCGAAGCUGGCCCAGGAGCCAGUCAAGAAGCCACCCAAGGAGAUCGCCAUUGUGAAGCCCACAAUUGUGGAGUCUCGGUCGAAGCCAAGGCUAAGGAGUCCCCCGCCGCCAGGAAGGAAUCGCCGGCUGCCGAGAGACAGGUCACGGUCACGUUCCAUUUCCAGAAACCGUUCCCGACACCGCAGUCUACGUCCCAGCAGAGGCAAGGAUGGUUCGCGGUCUCCUAGUCCGCGGCGCUGGCGACCUCCAUCCCCGAAAAGAGGUUCCAGAUUUCCUAAGAAAUCCGGGUCGGUAUCGAUGGGCCGAAGCCGCAGUCGAAGUAUGAGCAGGAGUCGGACGCGCAGCCGAAGCCCGAGUAGGCGAAGACGUCCGCCUGGAGUAAUAGGAAACAGAUGGCGAGGCUCGUUGUCACCGGGACCACUUAAGUCAGGCGGCCCGAGGUCACCUCCUCAUCCAAGGCUGCGACGAUCCCUAAGUCGCGAACGUGAUAGGGAUCGGGAUCGAGAACGCUUCUCCCGCUCUCGUUCACCUCUGCCCUUCAAGCCACCCUCGCCACCUAUGCGACGCAGUUGGUCCAACUCCCACUCCCCGACCCGCCGAAGAUCUCUCUCUAGGUCGAGAUCGCGUUCUAGGUCUCCCCGCUCCCGUUCCCGCUCGCCCUACGACGAACGCCAAAGUUUUAUGGACUACUUCGAGGAGAAUCCGGGCAUGGAGGCGGCCGCCUAUUUCUACAACAUGUCGCUGCUGCAGCAGGAGCACCAGGACCCUACCGGCGACAGUUACGAUGCAUAUGCUGCCUACAUGGACUCCGCCUACAACAUGGAACAGGCUUACGCCCAGUACGCUGAUGGCUAUGGACUCUCGAAUGAAUAUGGUGACUAUCUGGGUGCCAUGGAAGGCAUUUCAUCGCCGCAGAUUACGGGAUCAGUGCUUAGGGAGCUGCCAAUGGCCCCGGUAGCUGGUGGCUCUGUGGUGGUGCAGAAGGGCAAUGUUCUGGAGAUCGUUCCAUCCAGUAGUGAAGUGACGGUGCCAGAUGCCACUCCCCAACCAGCUGCAAUCGAGGAGCCCCCCGAGGAUAGCAAACCGAAGCGGAAGCGGGUGAACUUUGUGGACAACGUCCUGCCCAACUACGAGAGUGAUGGCGAGGACAGAGCUGUGGUUAGGUGCGCCGUGGAGCGGGCCCUGCGUCAACACCAGGAGCGACGUUCGCAAGCGGCUGCAAAGCUGCAGCAGAUUCGGGAUGAGCUCCUGGCGCUGCCGCCCCCGCCACCACCAUUGACGCCCAAGCCGGCGAACUUGGAGAAGCCCGUUUUGGUGCAAAAGAAGCCCAGAUUCCGGUACUUCCACUUUGAUCCCUUGAAGGGGGUGAUAGUGAAGUCACACACGCGACUGCUCCGACCGCUAACCCGCCCGCCCUUCGAUCCCAAGCAGUUUGCUAUGCUAAUGAAAUCGGGACGAUUACCACCAAUGCUGCCCGCGUUCUUCAGGCACCGGCCGCCACCUAUUCCGGCGAAUGUGGAUCCCGUCACGAGGGCGGCCAUGUUGAAGGACUUCUUUACGAAACAUCCGCCGCCCCCGUUGCCCAUGCCCUUGCCCCCCGACGAAAUGCCCUUAUUUUUAAGCGGACCUCCGCCCAUGGCAGCCGGAGGGCCGGACUCCUCGCCCAUUCCCGUCAUAGCGCCACCACAGCCUAUUCCAGUGCUGGGGUAUCAGGGCUAUUCCCAGCCCACUGGCAUGGUUUCUUCGCCCGGUCCUAUGCCAGUGCCCGUCCCAGCUCCGGUUCCAGUAGCACCGAUUCUGGGGCCUGUGCCGGCGCCUGUUCCAGCCGGCUCCACAUCGCCGCCCACGACGUUCUUCAGUCCCCCGCCACUGCCCCAGCUGCCAACUCUACCCAGUUUAUCGCCAUCCUUCACUGUCAAUUCGGUGCCAACUAUCCGAGAGAUAAUGCCUGUGGACAUCCUGCAACAAUUAGGACCGCUGCCCAAGACGUUGGACGUGGACGAUGUGGGAACGACGGGCGGCAUGGAGGAAACCAGCAACGAUUUCCAGACAGAGGAGCCAACAGUGCCCAUAGAUCAACCGGUGGUGGAAGCGAAGCCCCAACUUCUGGUGGAGACCCAGUAGAAUCCAACUUAGAUCGUUCUAUUAUAUUGUAGUUUUAGUUUUCCUCCUUUAGAAAAUUCUUUUAACUUAUAAGCAUAUUUUUUUGAUACUGCUCGUUUAUACCUUUAUUUAUAGUUUGGAUUUUUCAUUUGACCAUUUUGUGAAGAAAUCGCAUUUAUUGAUAGAAGUCUUUAGUUUAAUUAAGGUCUAAAUUGUAAGUCAUGCAUGGUUCGACUUGGACCUCAGUCCAUUGAUUUCUACAAGAAAAUAAAAAUGUAAAUAGUUCGAUUCGCUUAAGGAUAAUACACGGAUUAACAUACAUUACAAAUUAACUGAGUCAUUUAGUCUAACGAAAUUCUUCACGAAUUAAACCUAAAGUUAUAACUUAGAAGGAUCGAUUGUGCAAAUAUGUGUAAAUGAGAUGCUUACAGUGCGGACUUGUGUGUGAAUGUUUUACUAAAAAAGAGUACAGUACAGUAAGUAGAUUGUCAAAUAAACUAUUUGAAAUCAAUUUUAAAAACUCUAAUCUCUAAUAAAAAGGUUAAAAUAUA